AAGAACUUGUCCGAGACAGCCGGUGGCCAAGACGCUACGCCUGCAGUCGAACACUUGAACAUCAAGGUCACCGACAACAACAACAACGAAGUCUUCUUCAAGAUCAAGCGCUCUACCAAGCUUGACAAACUUAUGACAGCUUUUUGCGAGAGACAAGGAAAGGCUAUGAAUUCCGUACGAUUCCUUUUCGAGGGCCAACGUGUGCAGCCCACU